AUGCUCAAGACGAGCUUCACGCAGCGAAAUGCUCGCUCAAGUGGCGGAAGUCGCGGACUGAAGGACACGGCCGACGAUGCUGCUGUGGCUGGCAUUUCCAUGCUCAAGGGCUUCGUUCGAUCGGCGCUCACCGCUGAGUCGACCUGUAUGCAGCGGCACAUCUGCGACGCGGCGGCGGCCGCCUCGCGAGAAAGUCGAGAGCUGGGCUACCUCAUUGCCCAGGUUGGAGGUUAUGCCUCCAGCUACGUGCUCGAUGGUCAGAAGGGCGCCACGCCCAAUGCCAGCUACGAGGCGGCACGAAUUGGCCGCAGCGGCGCCGACUGCAAGGCCGUCUACAGUAGCUGCGUGGAGAAGCAGGAGCUCUGA